UGAGCCGGGGUGCCGCAGGGGCCGCCGCCGACGCCGCGCUUCCCAUGUGCAUGCAGUAUGCGCCUGCCCUGGAGGAUGGAUCACUGCCUCAUCUACAUCAACGCCUCGCUGCUCUUCUGCUUCAGCUACGCCAGCCUCUUCCUGGUGGAAGCAGAUAGCCCCUCUGCUCCAGUCAAUGUUACAGUCAAACAUCUGAAGGCCAACUCAGCUGUUGUGACCUGGGAUGUUCUGGAGGAUGAAGUCGUCAUUGGAUUUGCAAUCUCCCAGCAGAAGAAGGACGUGCGCAUGAUGCGCUUCAUCCAGGAGCUGAACACCACCACGCGCUCCUGUGCCCUCUGGGACCUGGAGGAAGACACCGAGUACAUCGUGCAUGUCCAAUCCAUCAGCAUCCAAGGCCAGAGCCCAGCUAGCGAGCCCGUGCUCUUCAAGACCCCCAGAGAAGCUGAGAAGCUGGCCUCAAAAAAUAAAGACGAGGUGACGAUGAAGGAGAUGGGGAAGAAGGACCAGCUUCGAGCAGGGGAAAUUCUCAUCAUUGUCGUGGUGUUGUUCAUGUGGGCAGGGGUGAUCGCCCUGUUUUGCAGGCAGUACGACAUCAUCAAAGAUAAUGAACCCAAUAACAACAAGGAGAAAGCCAAGAGCGCAUCUGAGAACAGCACUCCUGAGCACCAGAGCGGAGGGCUCCUGCGCAGCAAGUUUCCAAAAAAUAAGCCCUCCGUGAAUAUAAUUGAAGCGUGACAGCCUGCCAUCAGCAGAGGGACUCCAUUUCCCACUCGCCCUCUCUGCCUCUGAGCCCUGAGGACAUGGAAGGUGAAGUAUUGUUGGAGUGGUCUGGAAAGAGGCCUGUUGGAUGCCAACGUCUGGCAUAAAACUCCUUUUCCUCGCGCUGCAAGGACAUCUGGAGAGAAAGGACAAACUUGCAAAAAACAAAAUCUUCACUGUCUCGGGGGAGAAAAGCUUCUGUGAAACUGAUGCCUCCGGUGAUCCUAUCCAGGACUAACAGCUCACCCAGGCUGUGACAGAUCUCCAGUUGCAUCCUCCACCCUCCCCUCUCCAUCUCCCAGAGCAAGUCUCCUCACUUUGGAAACGUACAGGGGUUCAUCCCACUUUUGUUCUGUUUUGCUGUCGCCACGUUUCAACAGUGCUGACACGAGCUCAGGCAUCACUCGCCACAUCUCCGCUUCGGAGUGACAAGGGGAGAUGAUUUCUCUCUAGAUACAAGCAGCAGCAAGGACCUGGGCUGCUGUGAGCUCUGCUCUCGCUCCCUCCGAUUCACGUUUGUUGUGUAACUAGUUUUGCAGGUGGGUUCUUAAGAAAAAAAGCAAAAUCACAAAAAAAAGGCACACAACAGUUUCCACCUGGAUGAUCAGGACUGCUCUCCACUAAGGAGAGAGCUCUUGUCUCGGCUCCUGCUGUCUCUCUUACCCUUCGCACAUUGUUAUCCGCCUGGGAAAAUCAGGGUGGAAUCCCAAACGGUGCAGCCCAGCCCAGCCCAGCCCAGCCCAGCAGUGGCGAGGGACCAGAAGCUGUUGUCUUGCUCCUAGGAUAACUUGAACCCUUUCUCCAUGGUGUUUUACAACUGGGCCUGACUGAAUCCACCAACAGCAGGAAAAACGCUCCAUUAAAAAUGUAGCCAGUUAGCAAAAAAGAAAAAAAGUCAUGAUAAUAAUGGUUGCUAUGCAAGGUUCCCAGUGGUGACAGGUAUCUCAUUCAUGCUGAAGGGUCUCUGCCUUACAGUGGCUGAGCACCUGGUUCUUUAACAAGCUGCUUCUUCAUUGGGUCCAGUGCAUAGGUCUGGUUCUCCCUCCAUCUCAUCUCCAGGAUUCAUGAAGACCUUGUAUUGCCAGGUAUCGGUUAGAGCUACUUCAUAGCUUGAGGAAACUGAUAAGAGGAAGGAGGGAGUCUCCUGUCCUUUAAUAACUGCUUGAUGUUUGCAAUGUGACAGGUUCCCUCCAAGUGAUGGUGCUUUGGGGGCUGCUGGGUGCAAGGCUGCCAAAAAGAAGAGGUUUACUAUCUGGGUUUUGCCAUCAGGCUUCUGUAUUUAUUCAGUCACACCCCAAGGCUGUUCCACACAUGCGGGGGGAGGAGAGGGGCUUUUCACUGCCCUGUCAAAGCAUGACUUAAGUCUCCUGGUCACAAGCCAACCUGCAUUCAGGUUCAAAAGCUGCUGCAGAGAAACCGGUGGGCAGCUGCUGAGUUCGGACCCCUUCACCUGCCAUAGCCAUCAGCCUCUUCGAGGCCGCCGAUCUGCGCAGGUGGUGUGGGGAAGUUUGCAUGCAGAAGCUUUUCACAGACAAGGGCUUCCCCCGUGCCUAUUUCAGAAGGUAGGGGAGCCCCACACAAUCCUGUACACUUGAUCCUCUGCAGAAAGACACUCCUCCCACCACCUAAACAGUGAGGUCAAGGCCUCUGACACAGCUAGAGCAAUAACCACUUUUAAUGUACAGUAACAGAUUAAAGGCACAUGUCAUUUCCUUGUAAAUACCUGAAUAUAGCAAUGUUUCCUUUUGGUCUGCUGUGGCAGAGUGUAUGAAGCGAAAGACAGGGACUUUCUAUCUAGAUUCCUGGGAUUAAGAAGAUGACUAAUUUCUCCCUGUUUGGUUUUUAGGGAGCAGUGAAAGUUCAGUAAACAGGGGGUGAAGGGAAGGAAAAAGCUGCAAAACAAGUAGAGCUACAGCUUUGCUUAGGCAAAGCUUUGCUUCCUCCAGAAAUGUCUCAGUUAUCUUAUAAUAAAUGGCAAUCAACAUCUAUAACUUGCCUAUAAAGGGAGACUUAGGACAUAUGGUACAGCAAGUGCAAAAUGAUGAAGGAGAUGCUCUAUUGUAACCUGCGAGCAGCCUGCCAAAUGAGCAGACCCUACUCCCCAAGCUGCCUACCAGCAUGGAAAUUCAGCCUGGAGGGGGAUGUUGGCAGGUUCGGGGUUGUUUUAAAGAGAUGUUUCAGAAAAUUCAGAUAACAUUCCUGAUUUUUUGACAGUAAUCAUUGUUGUUUCCUAGUGACAGGCUCUGGCUAUUUCUAUUCCAGCAGCAACCCGCUCGCUCACCUUUCGUUAGGCAAAACUAACAGGAGGCAAAGCUGCUUGUUCAGAGUUAAGUAUUCGCACCAUGAUGUGGCAGGCGGUAAAAGGGUGCAUCAUUAUGUUCCAUAACUGCAGGCUUUAAAGGUAAGGAAUAAUGCUAUUAGCGAGAAAAACAAAUGCUGGCUGGAAGCAACUUGACUCAUAGCAGAGAGGAUUUCCAAGCUUUCACAAGCAGUUGCCUCUCUUCAGGGAUGUUUUUAGGAACUAUAACAUGAAGGGAUGUAAUAGGAAUAUACUUUAGGUACAGAGGGGAGAGAGAGACAGAGACCUAGGGUAACAUUUUCAGAUGGGCCUAAGGCUUUGAUCCUCAAAGGUAUUUAGUUGCCUAAAUCCAUGAGAAUUAAGUCUCUAAGUAGCUUUAAGGGUCUAGACCUAAGUGACUUAGGAUCCUAACUCUCAUCUGCUUUCAGUGGGUCCUCAGUCACAUAGGUGCUUUUCAGUAAGGAAAGAGGCACUGCUUUCCAAGAAACAAAUCAGCAAGUGCAAAAAACCAGGUAUGACCCAGGACAGGGAUGGUCUUAAAGGAUGCCCAUGUUUUGCUUGACUGAUGAUUCUUGGCUAUGUGCUGGAGGCCAUCACGCCUGGUGAGUGCAAGUUUUACUGAAAAGUGAGGAACGAGUGGGAGUGCGCUGGUUCAAAAGCAUUUCCAGAGAGCCUCAACGAGAACUGAAUUUCCACUGAACACAAAAUCAAAGCACAGCAAACAUCCGAGCAGGUCUGCUGAUGGCAUGCAGUCACUGACGACUAAUUCAGCUGAUUUCCAGGAACCAUUUAAGCAGAGGCUAGGUGCACCAUAAGGAGCAAGAGAGAGAAAACAGGAUCCCUGUGCUGGCGUACGUGUAAAAUUAAGCACCACUUGCCUUUAUUCAUUAAAGCACAAUAAUUUUGCACCUGUAUGCACCAAUUUAGCACCAAUUUAGUCAAUAUAUUCCUCCCCCACAUGGUCUAGUUCAGAGAAACUGAGCUACAGGAGGCGAUGUGGAGCAAACAAUCCAACUCAGCAUGCCCCUCCAAUUCAAUACACUAAUUGCUGUAGCUUUCCUAGUCACUUCCCUCUGUACCCUAAGAAAUAGCACAAACUCUGUUCCUCUGCUUCUUUGAGAGAAAUGAGAACAUCAAGUAUUUCAUCCACUGACAGUUCAAUAGCACUGGAGGAGAAAACACCUACACGCUCAAAAGUGUUAGUAUAAUCUCAGCUGGUAAUGGCUUUCUGGAGGAGAUGUAAAUGGAGAGAAACAGACUGUUAAUGCUAGUAUUUGCCUAAGACAUUAAAGGUUAUGCCACUCAAAAGUGUGCAUCAUAGCCACACAUCCAUUUCCAAGAUAUCAAAUAUGGCCCUUCAUUGAUUGAAUAGUCAGACAUGAGAUCCAGCAAGGAAGGAAUGAAGAUUACACCGUAUGUUCAACCAAAAGUAAUUUCCCUAUGUUUGCAAUAAAUCUUACUCUUUCAGUAUAAUGAGCUAUUAUUGAUUUGCCAAUAUAUAGAUCACUGACAGGCAGGCAAACUAACCAAAUUUGGUAGAUUUCCUAGCGCUUGUUAAUGAACUGUUACGAUCAGCAAAGGGACUGUGAAAACACCGUUUCCUCUACAGAUCUGCUCUUGGUUUGUAUUCAGUUAUAUCUGCCAACCUUAUAGAUUAAUGGAAGCAUGUUCCUAUUCUUCUUGGGCCUUUUAACCCACACAUUUAUGGGAGAGCAAGCUGGUGUCUAUUCCAGCUUGUGCAUCAUCAUUAAUUUUGUUUAACUAAGUUCUAAAUGCAGAACUCUUAUAAUCAGCGACAGAGCCAGGAAAGCCACAGCUUGAAUUUCAGAUCCCAGAUGGAGUCAGCAGAGCUGGCAGCUAGGAGAGCCAUCUUUUUCCUUGUGAACUGAACACAUUUUGAUGUGGAGUGGUUGGGAGGCAAUAACAAGGGAGCCCCACAAUGCCAUUUUACAAUUCUCGACACAUCACUAUCCUUUUAAACUAACAAGGAGAAACUUACUUGGCACCACCCAUGGCGAAAACGUAACCUAUUUAUACUGAAGGUGCCCUUUCCUCAGAGGGUGCAAUUGAUACGAUAGUUUAUGUGCCCCUAAACCAGGGCAGACUAGCCACUGCCAGCAAGGAUUACAACGCAAUGCUCUUAUUACAUCUUAAAUUGGAAAAUAGUUCAUCCGAGAGCCCAUGUCUUUCUUCAUGUGUGUACGAUGCCUUGCAAAAUGGACUCCUCCAAUCCACACCGAGUCUGCUGGGCCCCGCCAUACAAGACAUAAAUAGUAAUAUGGCCCCUAGCUCCAUUCCAGUAGUGAACACAUCAUUUGUCCUGCCAUUAAGCACCUCUCUCUCUCUCUCUUUCCCUCUCUGCCCUUGCAGUGCCUCUGUAGUUCAGUGUGUAUUAAUCACUAUUAUAAUGUCAAAGAAUGAAAUCUUUUGCAAUAAGGCUGUCCAAGAAUCCUUUUGAAUCUUGACAAAAGGCAAAGCUGCCCCACAGAAGCUCUGGUUCGCGGUACAAACACACAAAGAUCACAAAGCACAGAUACCAAAGGAAGUCUUCUCUUCUCCAGCACAAGGGAGCCAGUCCUAGACGUAGCACAUAUUAUACGGACACCACCACACUGAUGAGAGAAAGACUUUGUAGUGUGCUGCUUUUUCACUUUCUCAGCAUGGCUAGCUGGCAUUAGAACACCUGCUUUAGAAAAAGGCUAAUAUAAAUACUGUUCUGACUGCUGUGUACAGUUUAAUAGCUGCUGCACCAGCAAUGUAUAAAAACCAAGAGGGCUGUAGCAUGAAAAUCUUUUUAUGCACAAAUACUGCACCUGAGCAUCCAGUGUCUACAGGAACAGCUUGUUUGUGCCCUUCCACCUCUCUACCCCUGCUCUGUCAUGCCAUGACUGAAUGCCAGUGAUCAUCAAUCAGUGGCUGAGACAGGGCUGCAGUGUCUUGGCAAUGCCUUGCCAAACUCAGCCUGACUGCAGCAGCAGCAGCCAACCCAAAUACUCCAUCUUGGCCUUUCAGGAAAGAGCAGUGUAGUGUUGGCUUCAGAUCCAAUAGGCCCUCUAACAGAGAGGCUACUGCCCACAUCUCCAAGGUACGUGGGCUCUGUGAUCAGACUCAAACUACUGUGGACCUACUUUCUUUUACCUUUCCAAACUGCCUAAAGGAAAGUUAAUUGAAGAGAAACCCUGACCCAUCUUUAUUACAAAUAUAAGGAGCAGAUACGAUUUUCAGACAUGGCAACAAACUGCACAGCGCAGGGAUCUGCCCAACAAGCCCACCCCCAAAUAAUCCUGCUUCGAGAGAUGCACAGCUUAUACCUGGAACUCACUGGUUUAUCGGAUGAUAGCCACCAUACGAAUGGUGCUAACACACUCUCACCAAUCCAGGCAGUAGCUACCAAGUGAUAUUACCUUCUCAGUCUAGGCAAGGUUCCCAACCAGUGGGAUUUGCAGUGUUGAAAUCACAAGAUAUGCUAAAUUAGUCCCUGGGACAUGUCUUACUGGAGAGAUUUUCUAGAGAUGCAUGAUUCAGUUGCUGACAUGCCCUUAAAACUGGGAUCACUCCUACCCCAGUAUAUACCAACCAGUGGAAAACGGACACUUCUUCUAAUAGCCUUCUUGGUACAGCAUGGUGGCAGUGAGAGUGUUGUAUCUUGUUAAUGAGUGCAGUAUUAUCUAGUAAUUAGAGUGGUGUGGGGGGAAAAUUAGGUUCUACUCUUGAUGCCACUACCAAUCCACAGUGUGUCCCUGGGCAUAUCACUGAACCGCUCUGUGCCUCACUUGCUGCUCUUAUAAAAUGGUGAUUAACCCACCUUUGCAAAGUCCUUAGAGACCCAGUAUUGAAAGGCACAGG